AUACAUAUUAGUCAAUAGGUAUAGAGCUAACAUCAGCAUCUGUAUCCUUUAUAUCAUUGUUUUGCAUUAUCAGUCGAGUACUCGUAUAUUGAAAAUAGCGUUGCAUUUUAAUUAAUUCAAUAGCAUAUUCCAUUAUCAUUUUAGUAUUGUAUCCAAUAUGAAUGUCAGUACCAGUACGUUAGGUGUUAGAAGAAGAAAGGCCAACAAUCAAAAUAUAGACGAUGAAGAGAAUGCUGCGGUAUUAAAGCUUGGACCAGAGUUUCAACUUACUCAAAUAACCAACAAAGGAGAAGAAGAACAGUUGAUUGCAUUAAAUUUAUCCGAAUCAAGAUUAUUGAUUAGGGCGGCCUUAAAAGAACGUAAAAGAAGUAAAGGAGAUAAACAAUAUGAUUAUGAUGAUGAUGAUGAAAAUGAAAAGGAAGAUGAAAUAUCAAAUAUGGAAUUAGCAGGACCUAAUUCAAGUGAAAUCACGCGUAAAACCUUAAAUUUCUUAUCAAGUUUUGCAAGAUUUAAAAAUCAAUCAUCAACUGAUACUGUUGAAAAAUUAUUAAAUGAUUUUAGUCUUCAAUCUUCUGAACCUUUGCAUCCAUUUGAAAUAGCACAAUUAGGAACUUUAGAAUGUGAAGAUGCUGAAGAAGCUAAAUCCUUAAUUCCAAGUCUUGCCAAUAAAGUAUCUGAUGUUCAAUUACAAUCAUUACUCACAGAAUUAAGAAAGUAUCAAACUUUAUCUUAAUCUAAUUAUGUAAAUGUAUUAUACUCUAGAAGUCCCCUAAGGACUACCAUCCUCAACCACCACCAUCUCCCAGUUUCCAUACACGAAAAAUUUAAAUAUAAAAUGUACUAUAGUGAUAGGUUCUUAUGAUU